AUGGUUGUUGAAAAUAAUGCAAAACAUGGAACUCCAUUAGCAUUUGUAAUAAAUGCAGUUAAGCAAAACAUACCUUGUAGUGAACCUACAUGUGAGCACUUAUGGCAUUAUGAAAACCUUCCAAAUAAUAAUGGAUUUAAGCGAAUUCACAGCUGUAGUAUUAACCAAGUAUGGAAUCCUUACACCAUGAUUGAUAAAUAUAAACCUACUAAACUAGGAGUUGAAGGACUUGUACGUGGAACUAUACUUUGCUGGUUCCAUAUUAUGCAAACAUUUGGAGCAGAAGUUUUCAUUAAUCGAGGAUUUGAACAAAAAUUAGAUCUUUAUGAAUUAAAGUUAUUACGUGAAAAUUUAAAUAGAGAAGGGACAGGACAAGUAACUUAUGAAGCAGGUUUAGUUACUUAUUUUAAUGUACAAUCUAUUGAACAACAAUCUGAUCAUCCAGAUUAUUAUUAUGUCAAGAAGUAUCUUGAAUCAGAAGUUAUUGACCUAGAUAAUAAUGAAGAAUUAAUGGAAUUAGAUAAAGAAAACACUACUUAUAUUCAACCAAUGAUGGAACUAUUAGCUGGCGAUUGUAAAGUUGCAUUGCGAGAUGGAUUCUAUAUUACGAAUAUCAUUACUGAGAAAUGUCCACAAUGUUUGGAUUAUAUAUGGAAUGGUCCAUUUCACAACGUUUGCAAACAUUGUCAUGGCACAAGAAUUUUCGCAACAGCUCAAAUAAACACAGUACAUGAAGCAUAUCAGGAAAUAAUUCGUCUUUAUAAUGAUAAGGGCACACAGAUUUUUUAUCCUUUUAACACACAAUCAAGUAUUUGUACAGAUCCAUUUCGACCAUUAGAGCUAAAUCAAUGGCGAUCAUUAAACAAUUGCUCACCUUCAAAACCAUCAGCUAAACCAUGCAAGCCUAGCCAUAUUUUGUGUUCAAUUCAACCUGAAAAUACAAAUAAUGAAAGCCCAUCACCCUCAUGCCACCAUAAUGAACAAAUUCCUGAAACCUCUAUUUUAACUUCACAAAAUAAUAAGCAACAUACAGUAACUAAAACGUGUCUCCCCAUUGAAACACACGAGACGCCACUUCAAUUACAAUUUACAACACCUGAAGUUUACCAAUCAGUGUCAACUAUAAAUACUCUGCACCCAGCUAAUGAAUCGGAAGCACUUGCGCAUCGACUAGAACUUGCGCGACAAUAUGUUUUAAAUGUCAUUAGACGUUGA